AUGGAGGCUGAUUUGAAUCUUUUCAGUGACAGGAGCAUAUCAAAGAAUCAUNUGAAGAUCUGCCAGGGCGAGGCGUUCCUCUCAUCCGCAGGCCUCAGCACGGGCGCUUUGAUAGCCAUCCUGCUCUGUGUUCUCAUUCUACUCGCCAUCGUAAUCCUCUUCAUCACGUUACGGAGGAGCAAAAAGGAGCCGCUUAUCAUCUCAGAGGAGGACAUCCGGGAGAACGUGGUGACGUACGAUGACGAAGGCGGCGGCGAGGAAGACACGGAAGCCUUUGACAUCAUCGCUCUGCGGAACCCGGCCGCGGCUGAGGAACUCAAGUUCCGCAGGGACGUCAGACCCGAUUGCGUCCGGCCGGGAUCGUCAAGGAGACAGCUCCGUCGCCUCGAAGACGACCGUCUUAGCCCCAUGUCCAUGGAUAUAGAUGCUGAAAUGGACGUUGUGGAGUUUAUCAAACAGAGAGUGGCCGAGGCGGAUCAGGACACUAGUAUACCACCCUAUGAUUCCUUACAGACCUAUGCCUACGAGGGUCAGGGGUCACCAGCAGGCACCAUCAGCUCGCUCGGGUCAGCUGGUGCACAUUCUGAACAGGACUACAACUAUCUGGAUGAAUGGGGUCCAGAAUUCCAAAAACUAGCGGAACUUUAUGGAGACGAAGUUGAAACGGAGUCGUCAUCGACUGAAAAGGCAGAGUCAGAGAAGCAGACAUAAAUAUUGGGCAGUGUCGGGAAAAACUGUGAACAAAUAAAAGCAAAAGCCCUGCUCUCUUCUAACAUCCCUCUUCAUGGUUUCAUCAAUAACACGAGACGCUCUCCGAUACGUGACCGCUGUAAAGACAAACAGACAGACCUGCCUUUUAUCUCCUUUCUUUUGGAUGUUCGGAGCUAUGAAUUCCAACAAGACGAGAAUGAUUUUGAGAAGAAAAUCAAGCAAAAAAGAAUAAAAAAAACUAGUGGAAAAAAGGAAAAAAUAUUUUAACUGGUGUAUAUUUUUUAUUGCUCAAUAAAGUCCUGAAUUCCUGA